UUUUACGAACUUAAGUCCUCACACAUUUAAUUGUAAGCAUUCUUAUAUAUUGUAAACCUUUUUAAAGUUUAUUCAUUGCAAGCUAUUGGUAAAUUGUUGCGUGUGAUCAGCUUUCAAAAUUAUCGACGAUAUGAAACGUUAUACGUUGGUUAUAAGUUUAAUAUAAGCAGGUGUGCAUGCGUAUUUUCUGAAAACAAUCCUUUUGUGUUCAGCUGUUUUUGCCGAAUUCUAAAUGAGGGAGCUAAUAUUAUGAAUUGGAUAUAUGACAAAUUUCAAAGUGGGGUUAGUCAUAACUUGGAGGGGACUUAUUUUAUUUUAAUAACAGAUUAUCACGUUUAUUAAACAAGUGCUAGAAACUUUGGCUGUUUGGCUGUACAGAAUGCUGUCUGGAAAAAGGCACGAACAUAUCACUGGGUGAACUUGUAACCAAGAUGGCGCACUGUGCUUCAAGUUUAAAUAUUUUUGGUAACGAAAAUAACAUUCAAGAGUCUGAUUUUGAGAACCUAACAAUGGAGGUAAAACACGAUGUUGUCUGUGAACCGUGCUCUCUUUUGAUGAAAACAAAUGUAGCAACGCUGUAUUGUUUUGACUGUGACGAAAAAUUCUGUGAGCAAUGCGGAAGUGUUCACAAACAGUCCAAAUUGAGCCGAGGUCACCGGAUGUGUCAGCAAGAGGAAGCACCACCGAGCGAGGCUAUCGAAGAGAUAAAAUCUUUGUCGACUUGCACCAAUCACAAUGAGGAGUACGAGUAUAUUUGCCUUGAUCACGACGCAUUGUGCUGUGGAAAGUGUGCUAAUACAGGUCACAGGCGGUGUCAACGACUAGAAACUAUAUCUGAUCGCAUCGCAAAUGAAAACAUGAGAGGAAACUUGCUUCAUACGGAAGUAGGAAAGUUUUUAGACCUUACGAAGUCUACGAAUGAAAUACUAGAUAUCAUUAAAAGGCAUAAAACAUCUCUUGACCAAUCUGAGGCGCUUAUUUUGCAAACUAUUAGAGAAGCAAAGUCGAAACUUCUUUCCGCACUAGAAGACCUAGAGCAAAAUUUAACAAUACAGAUUUCACAACAGAAAGCUGAUAUUGUUUCUGAAAUUCACACAAAAGAACUAGAAGUGGCUUUUACUAAACAGAAAAUAAACCAGAACAGAAAGAAGUCGCAAAUGGUUGUCGAUUAUGGAACGGACGUUCAUAAGUUUCAAAAGUUUCGAGACCUACAAAAAUCCGUCAUUCCUCAAGUUUCAGCGUCAAUACAAAGGCUGAAAACAUCGUAUCAAAACACAAUGCUGCACUGUGUUGUACAUGUGUCUUCAGAUGAGCUGGCAUCCAACAUAAAGAAGUGCCUAUCGGUGUCAACCCACUCCCAAACAGCAAAAAAACAAGCCUACCAUGAUGGUUCGGUUCGUAAUAAAAGUGCUCGAAAUUGGAAUAACAAUGGUUUUGGAUACUACAAUAGCUAAAAAGCCGUAACGUAUUUGUGUGAACGUUUCCUUUCGGACAAAUAAACUAUAAAAUCCCCGAUAAAAUCAUGUCGAAGUGAUCUAUACCAUACAAAACAACACAAUAAAAUGCAUGUCCUAUUUCUGAUAAGUCAAUAGGUCAGCUGGCGUCCAAGAUAAACACAUGUUUGUUUGUCUGAACCGGAAUUUUAGUUGUGAAACCCAUCAACGAAUGUUACGUUAACAUGUCAAAUGUCCGGAGUCAGUACAUUGUGAUAGAGAAACUUGGAUUUCAAUAGUGAUAAAGCAGAAUCUUGUUAAUAUGUUUAUAAUUGCUUCCGUGUAUGUGUAAGUGAAGUUCAAGGAUUUAAAAAGUGUUACAAAAAACUUUAUUUAUAAAAACUAAAUUGUUAGUUGAAGAAGUGUAUUAGGAAAGCUACUCGGACAACAAGUAUUUUAGGAAAGCUACUCGGAGCAACAAGUGUAUUUAGAAAGCUACUCGGGCAACAAAUAUAUUUAAAAACUACUCGGAGCAAGGCAGUAACAUGUACCUUAUAAGCAUUGGCUCUUGUUUAAGAAAUUGACCAUCUACUGCAUACACUCUUUAAGGUUAAACUGCAUACUCUACUUACAGUUUGGUCACGUUUCUUUUUUACGAAUGACCAUGGAAGACUUCUGUUCUCUUCAGCAUAAAAUAACAAACAAACCGCCUCUAUAACGAGAUUGCAUGGGGAAUUAUGCCAUUAGCGUUUUUCAUCAAUACUGUAAACGCUGGAGGUUAACUUAAAUGUACUUCAAAGUUAAGUUUGUAUUGGCUAACAUGUAAAUAUGCUUUACUAUAUGUGUGUUUGCUAUGUAUGAUAACAAAUAAAUCUGUGGGAAAACAUUAA